AUGUAUGCUAGUAACACAGUGAGUCCCUCUACUAAUUUUAUAUCCAGAAAUAUUCAAAGUACGGUGUCUCAAGCUGACAAUAAUUUUCUCACUGCCAGACCUGAUAUGUUAGAAAUUAAAGCUGAUGUGGGUGACAUGAAUGCUAAUGGAGCUCCUGGACCUGAUGGUUUUAGUGGUACCUUCUUCACUUCUUUCUGGGAUACAGUAGGUACUGAUGUGAUUAAUUCAGUACAAUUUUUCUUUCAAAAUGGCUGGCUCAUUCCUAAUGCCAACCCUAGUCAUGUUAUUAUCAUUCCUAAAGAUCCUGGGGCUGAUGUUAUUGAAAAGUUUCGUCCAAUUGCUAUGGGAAACUUCCAUUUCAAAAUUACUGUGGGCUAUGGUUUUUGUGAAAAAUUUGUUGGGUGGAUUCGUACUAUUCUUCACUCAGCUAGGAUGUCUAUUGUGGUAAAUGAAAAGGCUAUGGAUUACUUUGGGUGCAUUAGAGGAGUCCAUCGGGGUGACCCUGUAUCUCCCAUUCUUUUUUGUUUGGCUGAGGAUGUCUUAAUCUGUGCAAUUUCUAAUGCUUUUAAGCAAGGUCUGGUGCAUCACAUCUCCUCUCCGAGAGGUACGAUUUCUCCUUCUCAUGUACUUUACGCAGAUGACAUCAUGGUUUUUUAUAGAGGUACUAAGCGAGAUGUGCAAGCUCUUAUGAAUAUUUUUGAAGAAUAUGGUAAUAACUCUGGUCAGUUUAUUAGUGCAGCUAAAUGCACAAUCUAUUCAAGUAAGCACAUUUCUGAUAGAAUCUCUAAUAUUAUUGCUUCUUAUAAUAUACCGAUGGGUACUCUACCUUUUUGUUAUCUUGGAGUUCCAUUUUUUUCAAGGUGGCCUAUAUCUUGUAUUAAAACUCAUGAGAAGUGGAUUCACAAUUUUGUGUGGUCUGGUGAUAUUAACACGAUUCAUCACAACUCCGUGGCUUGGGACAAGGUGUUUCUCCCUGAGAAUCAAGGUGGUCUAGGAAUUAAGUCUAUGAAAAGCCUAGAUAAUGAUUUUCUUAUGAAAAUGACAUGGAAGACGAUGAUUGAAAACUAG